UUCAUUUUCAAUUAGUCUUCUCUUCGCCGGCAUAUAGAGAGAAUUAGCGUGGCUUGGCGGUGGCAUGGAGCUUUGUUUGUGUGUGUGAGUAAGUAGAUCGCUCAGAUAAUUUGAAAAUGGCGUCAACCGAAGGCCUUGUGCCUAUAACCCGGGCUUUUCUGGCUUCAUACUACGAAAAAUAUCCUUUCACUCCUCUCUCCGACGACGUUUCUCGGCUUUCCUCUGACAUCGCUUCUCUUAUUCAGCUACUAACCGUUCAAUCUCCCCCUUCCCAAGGGGUAACUUCACUGAUUGACGAAGCAAACCGUCAGCCCCCUCACAAAAUUGAUGAGAAUAUGUGGAAAAAUCGGGAGCAGAUGGAGGAGAUAUUGUUUCUUCUGCAACCAUCUCGCUGGCCUAUUCAGCUUCGGGAACCUUCCACAUCAGAAGAUGCUGAUUUCGCUUCUAUUUUGCAAAACCUGAAAGACAAUUUUGAUAACGCAUUCACUGCUAUGAUUUCCUUCCAGACGAAGAAUUCAGAGCGCAUAUUCAGCACAGUUAUGACCUACAUGCCUCAAGAUUUCCGGGGAACACUUAUCAGACAGCAGAAGGAGAGGUCGGAGAGGAACAGACAGGCGGAGGUUGAUGCAUUGGUUAGUUCUGGAGGGAGCAUACGCCACAUAUAUGCUCUUCUUUGGAAGCAGCAAAUGGAGAGGAGGAGACAGUUGGCUCAGCUAGGCUCUGCCACUGGUGUCUACAAAACCCUGGUCAAGUACUUGGUAGGGGUUCCACAGGUGCUGUUGGAUUUUAUUCGACAAAUAAAUGAUGACGAUGGGCCAAUGGAAGAACAGCGUGAACGUUAUGGACCCCCUCUAUACAGUCUCACAAAAAUGGUGAUGGCAAUUCGGGUUUUGCUAACACUUAUGUGGGAAAGAUAUGAUACCUUCAAACUGAGUAGAGACCAAAUGAAUCUCCUGUCGGAAGCUGCUAUAGUGUACACAUCUGAGUUUGAAAGAUUCGUCACAUUUAUCAGCGAUGUAUUUGCCAAUUCCCCCUUCUUCAUUUCAGCAGAUACAGCUGGCAUAUUGGGCCCAAGGGACAAUGAGGAGUACAAGGAGAUAAUUGUCCAAGCUGGGAGAACCUAUGAGGUCUCAUUGAUGGUGGAAUCAGAAAAUUCAUAUAUUGCUUGGGAUUUCUCCUUGAUGCAAGGAAAGAUAAGCAUGGAUAUUGGAUUUAGCGUGGAGUAUAUAAAUGCAUCAGGGGAAAAGACGCUGAUCUUACCUUAUCGUCGGUUUGAAGCUGACCAGGGCAACUUCUCUACCCUAAUGGCUGGAAACUACAAACUUGUUUGGGAUAAUUCAUAUUCAACUUUCUUUAAAAAGACUCUUCGAUAUAAAGUGGAUUGCAUACCACCAGUAGUGGAGCCGGAGCCCUCAAACUGAAAGUGAAAGAUGAAGGUGGAUUUUACUCAUGUCUCAUCAUUUCUUUGUACAAGGAUAAAACCAUUAACCCUUUGUUGGGACAUCAUUGGAACUUCAUAAACAUUUGAUGCCAGGAACAUACUAUAUUUUGUUUGUAUUCUUUUCUCUCUCUCGAUGCUCCCUCUCUCUUAUACUUCGUCUUUCUUUUAAAGCAAGGAAUUUCUUGAUCUGUA